UGUGGUCAUUUUACAGUCACAGGAGCAGAAUCUCAAGCAAAGAAUAUUUCUGUACAACAUUGAGAGUGUAAAUGAUUUCUUAAAGCACAGGAGCAUGAGUCGGGUUUGAACUGAAACUGCCACCAUUUUAAUGUUGACAGGACAAAACAUCGACAUGAGACAAUCAUAUUUCAUUUUUCAGGUGUGAAAAUUAAGUUAGCAGCGUGUCCACUUCAUACAAUCUCAAAGAGGUAAGAUGGAAACUCAACCAGGAGGAGGCCACAAACCCUGACACACACUGAAGUAACGAGCUCCAACAUGAAGCAGCGCACCGUGCAUAUUUAAUUAAAGUAGCCCUUUAACAUGCAGAGAAAGCCAGUUUAGUCUCAUUAAGUUCUUCAAAUGAUGCCAAAACCACCAAAGAGCAUCAUGGACCACCAAAGACCACGAAAAGCCAACCAAAAGGAUCCAUCAAUCCAGGAAACACUAAAAGUGAACCAGGUGAUUUCCAAAGAACCUGAAAGGUAGUACUAAAGUUCAUUUGCUAGUUCAUGAGACAAAUUUCUGAAGUUAUCUCGAACAUCAGUCACAGUGCCGUUUUCUUUGAGUUCUGACACAUUUAACUUUGUGUGACAUUUAUAGACGCUUACAAUCCUGAAAUAUUUCUUCAGCUUUCUGCCCCAUGACCACAGUACGGACUUUGAUUUUUACUGGGCUCAAAUCUGCUGAUGGAAGAAGGGCGGUUACAUCAUCGACAAAAGAGUCCUCAAACGUGAAUCAGCAGGACGAGUUCCACUGGUGACCAGUCAGUGUGAAGACCUGCCAACCUACAGCUUGAUGAAAAGACAGAGGUCCAAUCGAAAAUGAAUGACUGUAGGGGAACCAGAUUCUGCAGCCAGAAAGCUGGUCCAUCCCUUCAUCCACAAAGGCAUCUCCAUACUGCUCUUCUGGCCUACGCCGGACAUGGCUCCAUGGAGAGCGUUGUAACCCUCAGAUGCUGUCCAAAACCUCUCUUUACCAAAUGAUGAGGGUUCUUUGGAGACCUCACAAAAAACUAAAGCAUCUCAUGAGGUCUUUGAUCCACAAAGUGCUCAAAGAAGACCCAGUGCCCCACACUGAGAAGAGUGACUGGAGGUUUUCCAACUGUGCACCUGGCAGGAGAUCCUCCAGAAGCCCAUACCUUCUCAGCCUGCCAGGAGGAGCUGGAGGAUGUGGUGAGCUUCAUAAAGCCGUUACUACCACAAGUAGGACCGUGAUAAGCAGCAGAACCCAUGGAUACAUAACUGACAAAAGAACGAUGAAGUAGUUCAGAAGUGUGUAUUACUCAGCCUGUACUGCUCUUCUCAGGUCUACUCUGGUUUGGCUGUAAGAUGUGUUUUUAUCAUGUCCCGUGUUUGACACUGUAAAUACCCAGAGAGGGAGGAGCCUACAGAACCUGCAGGCUCUGAAGAGCUGCCCGACUCCACAAGAAUCUUUAAUUACGUCUUCAGUGUUUUUAAAUAUUUUUAUAUUCAUGUUAUUAGGAUCUUUUGUGGUACAUAAAUCUUUAAUAAAACUUAUUUCACACGUCAGACACUCCCGGCCAAUUGUGACUGAAACAAACACGUCGAGUGAACCACCAGCCUCAGGUCCAGACCCUGAUCCAGCUUUGGAUCCAGACCCUGAUCCAGCCUCAGGUCCAGACCCUGAUCCAGCCUCAGGUCCAGACUCUGAUCCACCCUCAGGUCCAGACCCUGAUCCAGCUUUGGAUCCAGACCCUGAUCCAGCUUUGGAUCCAGACCCUGAUCCAGCCUCGGAUCCAGACCCUGAUCCAGCCUCAGGUCCAGACCCUGAUCCAGCUUUGGAUCCAGACCCUGAUCCAGCUUUGGAUCCAGACCCUGAUCCAGCUUUGGAUCCAGACCCUGAUCCAGCCUCAGGUCCAGACCCUGAUCCAGCUUCGGAUCCAGACCCUGAUCCAGCUUCGGAUCCAGACCCUAAUCCAGCUUCGGAUCCAGACCCUGAUCCAGCCUCAGGUCCAGACACUGAUCCACACGGUUCUGGACAGAGACGGUGCCAUUCCGCUGCUCUCGUUGUUCCUGACCGUUUCUCCAGCUGCACUUUGAGCAGCGAAAAAAACAAAAACAACUAUGAUCACAACUACGAUAAAUGGGUUUAUUGUUGACAUUAAACAACCAAUCAGAAAUAAACACGUCAUUCCAACAGGGUCGGAGUGAUUCGGCUCUGAUCGGAAACCUUCAGGUCUGCUGAUUCUCUUAGCAGACAAAUGUUUUUAACGUUAGUUUGAUGUUUUAUCUGCAAUUCUUUAUUGUUGAUUAAAAACUAAAAUCACGAUGACAUUAAUGUGUGAAAGUUCCCUUUAAGAUCCAACGUUUCACUUAUUGCAUCUGUUUUGCAUUCACGGUGACGCCGUCAUAAAGUGCAAGAAAACAAACAAACAGCAC